UGUGAUUUCAGGUGUGGCGAAAGCGAGUUGUGUGAUUUUUCAUUUUUCAAAACUUGAAUUUCUCUGUAUAAAAGAAAACUUGAAAUUCUUAAAGUUAAUUUUCCCUCACUCACUCACUCCCUCCCUCCAGCAGCAGAUCUAGCACUCCUUUCCAUCAUCAUCAUCAUCACUUUAAUCAGUUCACAUUUUUCUUUCACACACCACCCCAAAACAAGCAACCUCACCUCACCAAUCUUAUUCUCUCUCACAUCACACUCCUUCAAACCCACUCACAUUCCAACCAAAAUGAAGAACACCAAGCUCCAAACCCAAACCCAACCAACUUCCUCAAGAUCUUCAUCACUCUCCUCCCACUUAGCAAUGGUUGAACUCAAACAAAAAAUCUUAACCUCCCUCUCAAAACUCUCCGACAGAGACACACACCAAAUCGCCCUAGAAGACCUCGAGAAAACAAUCCAAACCCUAUCAUCCGACGCCAUUCCCAUGAUCCUAAACUGCUUAUACGACGCCGUUUCAGACCCUAAACCCCCAAUCAAAAACGAAUCCCUCCGUCUCCUCUCAUUCGUCUGCUCUUCCCACCAACACUCCGCCGCACCUCACCUCACCAAAAUCAUUUCGCACAUCGUCCGCCGUCUUAAAGACGCAGAUUCCGCCUCCCGCGACGCAUGCCGUGAUUCAAUUGGAUCUCUUUCGGGUCUGUACCUUAGAGGAGAGAACAAUGGGAAUAGUGGUUCACUUGUUGGGUUGUUUGUGAAGCCAUUGUUUGAGGCUAUGGGGGAUCAGAAUAAGGCUGUUCAGGUUGGUGCUGCUGUUUGUAUGGCGAAAUUGGUUGAGUCGGCUUCUGUUGGGAAUGAUGGUGAUGUCGCUGUGGUGCCGGUGGCGGCGUUUCAGAAGAUGUGCCCUAGGAUCUGCAAGCUUAUUAAUAACCCUCAUUUCUUUGCUAAGGCUGCUAUUUUGCCUGUGGUUGCUGCUUUGUCUCAGGCUGGGGCAAUUGCACCACAAAGCUUGGAACAUUUGCUACCUAGUAUUCAUGACUGUCUCUCCAGUAGUGAUUGGGCAACACGUAAAGCAGCAGCAGAGGCGUUAAGUUCCCUGGCUUUGCAUUCAAGCAGUUUGAUUACUGAUAAAACAACACCCACACUGGCAUUGCUUGAGGCUUGCCGGUUUGACAAGAUUAAACCUGUGAGAGAUAGCAUGACAGAGGCAUUGCAAUUGUGGAAAAGAAUUGCAGAUGGUGGGAAUCCUGAACCAGCUGUUUUGUCGGAAAUAAGUGACCUGAAAAAGGUAAAUCCUGAUGAGAGGAAGACUGAUCCAUUAGUAAAGGACACGGAUUUGACUUCUAAGGCCAAAGCGACUAGCAUCUCAGAGACAGAAAAGGCAGUUGUAAUAUUAAAAAAGAAAGCACCCGUCUUAAAUGAUAAAGUACUAAAUCCAGAAUUUUUCCAAAAACUUGAAAGAAGGGGUUCUGAUGAUUUACCAGUGGAAGUGGUUGUUCCUCGCAGAUGCCUCAAUUCUUCUAGCUCAAACAAUGAGGAAGAAUCAGAGGCAACUGCUAAAGAUUCAAACGAAAGAACUAAUUCCCUUGGAAAUCCCCCUAAUGACAAUAAUAAAUAUCAUGUCUCAGAGAGGGGUAUUGAUGGAAAUUCAAGACAAAGGAAUUGUGACGACUUUGCCCAUGACAGAUACUCUGAAAGGAGAAUGAAUGCAAAAGAACUGAGGACAAAAGCAAAUGAUACAAAUGAAAGGACUGAAAAUGAUCAGAGGGAGGGUUCUACCAACCAUGCAGGUUUUUCUAGAACUGAUGGUCAAUCAGAAGUACCCUUCUCCAAUAACAGAGGAAACUGGUUGGCAAUCCAGAGACAGUUAACACAGCUUGAAAGACAACAGGUUCAUCUGAUGAACAUGCUACAGGAUUUCAUGGGUGGAUCUCAUGAUAGCAUGGUGACUCUUGAGAACAGAGUAAGAGGUCUUGAGAGAAUUGUUGAAGACAUGUCACGGGAUUUAUCUAUAUCAUCAGGCCGUAGAUUCGACGGAUCAUCAAGUCGGCCGUCUAGCAAGUAUAAUGGUUUUAAUGAUUAUUCCAAUGCCAAGUAUGGAAGAGGUGGUGAUGGACGCAUCCCAUAUAAUGAAAGAUUCACCCAAACUGAUGGUAAUGCUAUGGGGAUGAGGGGAAGAGGGCCAUCUUGGAGAUCUGACAUGCCUGAGGGUUGGGAUUUUUCUGGUUAUGGUGCUUCUAGAAACAGCCAAAUUCCCUUGAGGAGAGCUUUUGGUGGUAGUUCUGUUGAUGGAAGAUCACCAAAAUCAAUGCAUGAGAGUGAUCUAGGGGGCAGCAGGAGAGCUUGGGAUAGAGCGGCAAUGCCUAUACGGCUUGGUGAGGGGCCCUCUGCAAGAAGUGUUUGGCAAGCUUCAAAGGACGAAGCUACCUUGGAAGCAAUUCGGGUUGCUGGUGAGGACAAUGGAACAUCUAGAGCAACAAGAGUAGCAAUCCCUGAAAUGACUGCAGAAGCUCUGGCUGAUGACAAUGUUGAACAAGAGAGGGAUGCAAUGUGGGCUUCUCUGUGUAAUGCAAUGGAUGCCUUUCAAGCAGGUGACGUAGAUUCGGCCUUUGCAGAAGUGUUGUCUACCGGAGAUGAUCUUUUGCUUGUGAAGCUAAUGGAUAGAACUGGCCCUGUAAUGGACCAACUUUCAAGUGAGAUUGCAUGUGAGAUCUUGCAUUCCAUUGGACAAUUCUUACGAGAGCAGAACGUGUUGGACAUCUGUUUGUCUUGGAUUCAACAGUUGGUGGAGGUGUUAUUGGACAAUGGCCCUGAUACUUUUGGCAUUCCCAUGGAAGUGAAGAAAAUGCUCUUGCAAAAUUUAGAUGAAGCUUCAGAUACAGUUGAGGACUGGGAAGGUGUUCCUCCAGAUCAACUUUUAUUGCAGUUGGCAUCAGCCUGGGAAAUUGAUCUUCAACAGCAUGACAAAUAGGCUCAUAAAGAACAAGCUAUGCUGAUACUAAAGACUCCUCCACAUUUUAACUUUUGAAUUGGGGAUGAUAUCCUUAAUAGUUUUAUUGAGUUUACAAUUUGAAAUAUAUAUGCUACUCAGGUUUAAGGCCCGCAAGUUAUUUCAAAAAAGGUUUAAGGCCCGCAAGCAAAAAUUACAUUGGCACAAAUUCAUGAUGCUCCAUUUUCUCCUGCAUCUGGUGACCAGUCAGAGCAAUGUUUGACCCUUGGCUAUCAACAUUACUAAGGUAGUGUGUUUAUGUUUUCGGUUGUCAGUGCCUAACUAGGAUGCUUAAAAUCAUUGUGUAAAUUGAGAUGAACGAACAAAUCUUCCAUGUAAUUACUACAUGUUGUCUGUUAUUGACUAGCCAGAUUCAUUUGUCCCAUUUCCACUCGUUAAGUUUGAAAUGUUGAAGAUGAUAAUGCAUUAAAGAUUCUGGAUAUAGAAA